UGACAUGAGCCGGAUUUCAAGCUGCAAAUAAAAGGAAAGGGUGAGAUAUAGAUACAGUAUCGUAUAACAGAAAUAGAAAGUGAACCGGACAGCGAACGAAUCUGAGAUUAUCCACCGGGACAGGAGCCUUUUUACCCCGCGUCCCUCGGGUUCCGGCUGUUGUGUGGUGGAAUAUAACUUGAGCAGCAAAACAUUUUUUAGAAGAGCACAUUAUCGAACAAUUACAUUUCAUUUUUGAAUGCGAAGGAAAAAUGAGCUCCUAUUUUGUUAACCCCCUUUUUUCAAAGUACAAAGGCAGCGAAACAUUGGAACCAACUUACUACGACUGCCGGUUCCCCCAAAGCGUCACCCGGAGUCAUGCGCUGAUGUACGGACCCGGAGCGGCUGCGCCGGGCUUUCAACACCCGUCUCAUCACGUCCAAGAGUUUUUUCACCACGGGACAUCGGGAAUAUCUAGCCCUGGAUACCAACAAAACCCAUGCGCUUUAGCGUGCCAUGGAGAUGCCACUAAAUUUUAUGGAUACGAAACCCUUCCGAGGCAAUCGCUUUAUGGUACCCAGCAAGAGGCAAGCAUAGCGCAAUACCCAGACUGUAAAUCGUCCAAUGGAACUAACCCUGGAGAAGUACAAGGCCACCUAAAUCAAAAUCCGUCUCCUGGUCUUAUGUUCCCUUGGAUGAGACCCCAUGCCCCGGGAAGGCGCAGUGGACGGCAAACAUACAGUCGAUAUCAAACGCUUGAACUGGAAAAAGAGUUCCUUUUCAACCCUUACCUGACACGCAAGCGACGCAUCGAGGUGUCCCAUGCACUGGGCCUGACAGAAAGACAGGUGAAGAUUUGGUUUCAGAACAGACGAAUGAAAUGGAAAAAAGAGAACAACAAAGACAAAUUCCCGGGCCAAAGAGGAGAGGCUGACGUUGAGGCCGAGGCUGACGAGGAAUGCAACGAGGACGGUGAAAAGGAAGAGGGGGAUAAGAAGGAAACGGAAGACAAAGAUGAAACUAAAGAGUGAUUUUGUUGCUUGGUCUUUUUAUGGUUAUAUUGCUUAAAGGGUAGAGAUAGAGAAAGGAGAGAGGGAGAGAGCUGAGUGAGAGAGCAUAAAGUUUAUGGUCACCGUUUUCAGUCAACAAGUGAAGAAAAUCCCAUUGACAUAAUUGUCAAACCACUUUCCGACGUAAUGCACUCCCAAGAUGCGUCUAAAAUGUGCUGAUUCUUAUGAUUAUGUAAACCUUCUCUCAAUGGGCAAUCUCGUUUUUAUAUAUUUUAAAAAAUGCUCCACAGAGCCCUGGUUUUAUACUGAACACAACUUCCAUCCAGCAUGUUUUUAAAGGUUUGUUUCACAUUCAAUAGUCUGGCGAAUAUGUGCAACUUGCUAUUAAGCCCAAUAACUUUGCCAGCGUAUUUUUCUUGUCUGAAUUACAAACGCAGGCUAGACAACUGAGUCAGAAACUAGCCGCCGAUGACAAGACUAGGCCUAUCUAUUUCGAUAACUAGAAAUUCGAAUUAGCCUAUACUCUUUUGAAACGUGAAAUGUUCGGCGUCUGCACAGGUAUAUUUCCGUAUAGACUUAUCACAAUUGUUUUCAACACCUUGCAACUGUUCAUAUUUGCCCCUUUUAGCCCUUGUGGAGCCAGUGGCGUGAUGAAUGAGGCUUAGCAUAUUUAUUUCGCGAGGUAGCCUACAGAUAUGAUGCUUAGUUAAUUUUGGUGUCUGUAUUUCUAUUUUAUCUAUUUUAAGUAUUAUUUGCGGUGUGGGUUCGUGGGAGGGUGGGUUCAAAUACGUAUUUUUUAUAACUCACGUGAUCAAGGAUUCCCAAGGAAUUUAAAUAGCUUGAGAAAAAGAAAUGCUACCUAACCCUGGGAAAAUGCAAUACAAACGGAAUUUCUUUUAUAUAGCAUAUAGUUGUACCAAUCUUAAUUUAUAUUAAUUCCCCAAACGCAUAUGCUAGUUAUAUUUUGAAAUAUUUCUAAAUGAAAUUUGGUAGACGUUAUGAGCUCCAAGCUACCUACCGUAUUUUCGAAACAUAGGGGCCUAGUCAAUCUAAAGUGAAGUAAAACGUCAUAGCAAUACAAAAAAAGAAAAGAAAAAAAAAGAAUUAUGACCACUUUUACUUUUGGUUAUGAACUUUUGUAUUUCCAGCUCAGAAACCUGAAGAAUUUUUAAGUAGGCUAUAUCCAUUAUUUCAUUUAACAGCAAUGUGGCUUGCGGUUUCAUGUUACACAUUUGUAGUUUGUUAGCAUUGACGCAAAAUGGAAUCUGGUUGGAGAUGAAACGUCGUGUUGCUGGAUCACAUAAGCUCCACUGAUGCUACCUGGACGAAAUAAUGUCUGCUGCAUGAGCCAAUUCCAUCUACCACAGUUAAUCAUUUAUGUGGUAAUAUGUGAUCAAAAUCAACACUUAAAAAACGUUCAGUCAAUAUGUGGUUUGUUUAAUUUCAGGUUUUGUAUAAUUUAGGGAAUUGUGCAAAUGAUGAGUAGUUAACUACUGGGUUAUUUUGUAAUGUCUAUGUAGCCUAUUUGCUUUAGAGAAAGUUUUGGCUUGGUUUGUGAUAAAAUGUAAUCGCCCCUCUACGUGUGGCUAAGCCAUAUUGAUUGUGCUGCAUUGCAUUUCAUACAAAUAAACAACCCUCCCUCCCCCCCCCCCCCCCCCCAACAACUUAAAACUGCCUAUAAAAACGCACAUGUCGGUGUCUACUAUCACCAUAGCGACAAACAGAGCUAUUUCUAGAAAGCGUUGGUUAUACUAUUUUAAUGUGCUGAUGCUAUAGAGUAGAUUUAAAUUGCACUGAAUGUAAUCUUUGUGUAUGUAUUCGUAUAUCUUGCUGUUAACAAUAUGCUCGUUUUCUUAUGU